AUGUUAAACAGAAUUGAAGAAAAGCUUCUUUCCCACCACAAGCCCUCCAAAAGAGAGCUAAGAACCAUCUGCUCGAAGGCAAUGGAUAUCCUGCUUCUAGAACCAAACAUUGUGCGGAUGGAGCCUCCUGUGGUUGUGUGCGGGGACAUCCAUGGGCAGUACGACGAUCUUCUUACAAUAUUCAAGAUAAACGGAACGCCAAAGAAAACCAAGUUUAUAUUUAUGGGGGACUAUGUGGAUCGAGGCUUUAACUCUGUGGAGACAAUUUCUCUUCUUCUCUUGUACAAAGUUAUGUAUCCCCAGAACAUUGUGCUUCUACGGGGAAACCACGAGUCAAGAGAGCUUACAGAGACAUACGGACUUUACAAAGAAGUGUGCACAAAGUACACCUCCCAAGACGUUUGGAAGCUUCUGUGCGAGACAUUCACGUUUCUGCCUCUUGCGGCACUUGUGGGAAGCAGGGUGUUCUGCGUGCAUGCAGGAGUGUCUCCAUACGCCCUUACUUUUGACAAAAUACUAAGGAUAAAUAGGUUUAUGGAGAUUCCAACAUCUGGCCCCAUGACAGACAUGCUCUGGAGCGACCCAGGCAUCUACCCCGGGCACUACCCAAGCGAGAGAGGCGCGGGCUACAUUAUUGGCCCAGAUGUUGUGCAGAAGUUUCUUGUGCUCAACGAUGUGCACAUUAUAUGCCGAUCGCACCAGCUUGUUAAUGAAGGAUAUAAAUUUGCAUACAGCAAUCGAGAGCUUGUGACUGUAUGGAGUGCGCCAAACUACUGCAACCGAAUGGGGAACAAAGCGACUUUUCUCAAGAUCGGAAAGAAUUUGAGAGUUGACGACGACUCGUUUGUUUUCUUUGAGCAAGUACAGAAACCAGCGAAAGAGAUAAGAAAGCUUCCAUAUUUUCAUUAA